CGUCACUGGUGGGAGCUCUGCUUUUGAUGGAACAUGCCUCCUUUUUCAUGGGAAUUCGAAGAGUUUCGAUUGAUUACUGACCCUUGUCUGUGUCCUCAGAUUCCUCUGAUUCUGUGGACUCGUGGUGCUAUCCACACGUGUUUGCAGCUUUUCAGUGAUCAAGUUCUUGGGUGAUCGGAUUGGUGGCGUCAUAACUUCUGGGGAUGUUUCUUUACCUCUGAUAACGUUGUAUUCUGUAAAAAUAUUGAAGACCCAUGUGGGAGCUCCUCUCUGAGGACGGACAAGUCUUGUCUCUGCACUGAAUUUUGAACACCCUUUUGCUGGCGUGAACCAAGUUCUUGUAUGGAACUAAAUGGAUUCCCUUCACUUCCGUGUCGCUAAAUUCUUGUUACGGGUAGACCAGGAAAGCUGAAAUUUGCUUCAUGGAUUGGGUAACACAUAUAUUUGAAGGUCCUAGCUAUGAAGGACAAUAUCAUGGAUAUAAUGAGGAUGAUAGAUACUGGAACCACCAACAACCUUCUGCGGAUGAGUUUACGGAUCAUGAGAGAGAAGAAAUAGAUUAUGCAAUUGCCCUUUCCCUUUCAGAAGAAGAUUGGAAAGGGAAAAAUGUUAUUGAUCAUGAAAAAGAAAGAGAACAAACUUCUAAAGCUCAAUUGGAGGAAGAUGAAAGGCGUGCUAAAGCUCUAUUGGAGGAAGAUAGAAAGCGUGCUCAGUUGGAGGAAGAUGAAAGGCGUGCUAAAGCUCUAUUGGAGGAAGAUAGAAAGCGUGCUCAGUUGGAGGAAGAUGAACUACUUGCCAAAGCUCUUCAAGAAAGUUUAACUGUAGAAUCUCCUACUAGACCUGGUGGAAACCUAAUUGAACCUCACCCUAUUUCCCCUUUUUCUGGCUUGAGAAUUUGCGCAGCUUGCAACGGUAGGAUUGGUUUGGGGCGAUUCCUGAAUUGCAUGGAUGCUGUGUGGCAUCCAGAAUGCUUUCGCUGUCAUGCAUGUGGUCUUCCAAUUACCAAUCCCGAGUUUUCGCUCGCAGGAAAACGGCCUUACCACAAAUCAUGCUACAAGGAGAAUCAUCAUCCUAGAUGUGAUGUAUGCAAGAAUCAUAUCCCCAGAAACGGAGCAGGUCUCAUUGAGUAUAGGGCACAUCCUUUCUGGAUGCAAAAGUAUUGCCCAUCCCACGAGCGAGAUGGGACUCCGAGAUGUUGUAGCUGUGAAAGAUUGGAGCCAAGAGAUCAUGGAUACAUAUCACUGGAUGAUGGCCGAAGGCUGUGUCUGGAGUGUCUGGACUCUGCAAUUAUGGAUACAAAUGAAUGUCAACCUCUUUAUCUUGCUAUACGAGAAUUCUAUGAAGGUCUGAACAUGAAAGUGGACCAGCAGAUUCCUUUGCUCUUGGUGGAGAGACAAGCGCUAAAUGAAGCAAUUGAAGGUGAAAAAAAUGGACAUCAUCACAUGCCUGAGACUAGAGGACUUUGCUUGUCAGAAGAACAGUGUGUUACAACUGUUAUACGGAGGCCGAGAAUCGGAGCAGGCUACCCGUUAAUUCCAAUGAUUACUGAACCUUAUAAGCUAGUCCGUUCGUGUGAAGUGACAGCAAUCCUCAUUUUGUAUGGUCUUCCUAGAUUGUUGACAGGGUCGAUUCUUGCUCAUGAGAUGAUGCACGCAUGGCUUCGACUCAACGGGUUCCCUAACCUAAGACCGGAGGUUGAAGAAGGCAUUUGUCAAGUUCUGGCUCAUAUGUGGUUGGAUUCCGAGAUCUAUUCCAGCUCUGCGAAUGACGCCGCAUCGUCUUCGUCGUCGUCUGCAUCUUUUUCAUCGAAGAAGGGCAAACGGCCAGACUAUGAGAAGCAACUUGGUGAUUUCUUUAAACAUCAAAUAGAGUCUGAUACUUCGACGGUCUAUGGAGAAGGAUUCAGGUCAGCAAAUAAGUCGGUGGAAAAGUACGGCCUUAAGAGCACACUUGAUCACAUCCGAAUAACGGGGAUCUUUCCGCUCUGAUCACAUCUGUGGAAACAAUAAUCUUCAAUGUCAAUUCACCUUGCAUUAUACGACAGGACCGAAAAAAAGUGUGUAAGUCGCUAUAGACAUAAGCAAUAAACUUGUGCUUGUAAUUUAUCUACCAGCCGUUGUAAUCAGCAAUAUGCUAAACCAUGAUAACACGAUAUGGACAUGAAUUGAAUGAAGCUCCAAAGUCAGAACUUGAACAUUUUUCCUAAA